AAUACAAAACGCUUUUGCUAAGUUCAUAUUUUGAUAGAAAGGAAUAAAUAAAUUAUAAAAUACCUUACAAUGAUUUUUGAUCCUCUGAUUCUUUCAAAAAAUGCUAACACGGAAAAGAAAUCCCAUUCAAGUAGUAAGGCUCAUUUUAGUAAUGAAAUGUCGCAAUUAUUUAAAAAUUUCAAUAACGAUUUGAAUGAAAUUAUGCAAAAUAAAAGAAUGUAUUUCGAAAAGUUUGUUCAGGAUACUAUGGAAAAAACUUCUGAAAAGCUUUCUAAAUCUGAUAUUCUUCAAAACAAGGAACGGGUAAAACGCAUAGAGCAUUUCGAAACGGAAUUUUAUGAAAUAAUGAAACAAGCGACCCAAGAAAUGGAAAGACUGAAAACGAUUGAAGAAAAAAUUCAAUCUCUACUUACCACGAAGAAACAUAAAAGAGAUGCCGAAAAGCAGGCGUACUUGGAUCGCUUGCAUGAAUUGAAAAAAUUAAACGAAGAGUUCUGUCAAAAAAAACUAUCUCAAAGUAAAACUGAAAAUAUUAAUUAA